AUGUUGGGCUUUCUAGCUUCAUCAUUAUUAGCUAUAAACAUCAUCUGCUUGGUUGAUCCCGGCCUGGCAGGUCCCCUGGAUGCACUAAGCUGGGCCCGGAUGGACAACAUCAAUCUUCCCUGGUUGCCAUAUGAGAACAUGACACGGUGUUACGGUGAGCUUGGAUGCCUUAACAUCACCAAGGACUGGUAUCACCUGAUCUUCCGGCCGUUUAAUGUCUUCCCGCUGCCACGGAGCGUCAUCAACACGCGCUUCAUCCUGUACACGGAGCAAAACCCCACCGAUGGGCAGCUGUUACAAGCGGAAUCGAAGGACACGAUCGUCAAAUCGCACUUCAACCCAGACUGGGCAACAAAGUUCAUCAUCCACGGUUUCAUCGAUACGCCACUUUCAAACUGGGUGUCGGAAAUGCGCGAUGAAUUGAUCACGCGUGGUUCGCUGAACGUGAUCGUAGUCGAUUGGGCCGGUGGUUCGUUGCCACUGUACACCCAAGCAACGGCUAACACACGCUUGGUUGGGCUUGAGAUCGCUUAUCUCAUCCGGAAGCUGCAGGAGUACCGUGGGUUGCAACCGGAAGAUGUGCACCUGAUUGGACACUCGCUAGGAGCGCAUACGGCAGCGUAUGCUGGGGAGCGGAUUGCUGGCUUAGGGCGCAUUACUGGACUCGAUCCGGCGGAACCGUACUUCCAGGGUAUGGGACCGAUCGUGAGACUUGACCCCUCGGAUGCGACCCUCGUUGAUGUGAUCCACACGGACGGGCGUAGUGUGUUUCGAUUGGAGAUCCCUGGUUACGGGAUGUCGCAUGCUUGUGGUCAUCUUGAUUUUUACCCCAACAAUGGCAAGGAACAACCGGGAUGUGCAUUAUCGCAGGAAGGUGCAGCCACGAUCCCACUCACGCUGAUUAAGGAUGGUAUCGAGGAGGCUUCACGGGUGUUGCUAGCGUGUAAUCACAUCCGCGCGAUCAAGCUGUUUAUCGACAGCAUCAAUGGGAAGUGUCCGUACGUAGCACAUCGGUGUCCGUCUUAUCAGCACUUCCUGAGUGGUAAUUGCUUCAAAUGCACGGCUGGUAAUUGCGCUCUAAUGGGCUAUCAUGCGUCACUUCCCAUCACAACCGCCCGGCAGAACGUUUCCGAGAAUGACGUCAUUAGUGGAUCCUCGAGCGUGCCGGUAGCGCCCCAACCGGGCAAGUACUUCCUGGCGACGGGGCGUGAUUUUCCUUUUUGCCAACGCCACUAUCGUUUCACGGUUGAGCUGGCCAAACCGAAGGUAGCGGAACCGUGGGUACAGGGCCAUCUAACGGCGGGGAUUUUCUCCGAGCGUGGUGCCUUACGCAAUAUUGACCUCACGCCUAAGGGCACGGCACGGCUUGAGCACGGAACCACGUACCAGGUGGUGGUGACCAACCCGCAUGAUCUCGGCGAUCGUAUCCGGAAGGUGGAGUUGGCCUGGACACACGACAUGAACGUCCUCGAACCGACCACGCUGUGUCUGUUCUGGUGCAAUAGCCACCUGUACGUGAAAUCGAUCCAGGUCGAAACGAUGCAGAUGCCCUCACGCGAAAAGCGCAACAUCGAGUAUCCGAAUAAGCUGUGCGCACCGAAACGCGAAUACGCCGACAUUGCCAGCCGUGGUUCGUACUCGUUCUACGACAACUGCAAGCGAUAGCUGCCCGGUUGUGGCGGGUUAUCACCUUCAACCCAGCGUUUCCUUAGAUCAUUUCUGUGAAAUAUUGUGAAUGUCCUGCGCCUUCCUAACCAACGGGCCCGGUAUGCAUGCCCAAGACAAGAGCGUGUCUAUGCGCGUGUCCUUACCGACGUCGUGUGCAGGAUGCACCGGGUUUUGGCACCGCGCCCCGCCUACGCCGGAAGAGUGCACCAGUGAGAGCAUAAAAAAACGACAUACGGCGAGUUGGAAUUGUGCAUUGGUAGAGAUAAGCCAAAGUGAUAUAAUUCCCGAUGUGUGUAAGUGAAAUUUGAAGCCAGUGUGGCCCCACCACCCCCUUGCGGUCACCAUUUUCACGAGUUUGUAUUCAAUUGUUUCGUUACCCCUCGGGAGCCAUAUAUGUGUAAUGCUUUUUUUUUGUUUUUUUGAAUUAAUUCGAGCCGACAUGUGCCGCCCUAGCGCGUAAUCGUUCCCGGCACGAGGCUUACACGGUCGCGGUUGCUUCCGGGGCCGCGUUUCGGCAUUAGUU